AAACUUUUUUGUAUCGAAGGAAUCAACAGCCGCCAUCUUGUCGUGGCUCGGAAUUAGGAUUUCGGUCCAACACUGGUUUUUACGUAGAAAUCGAGCAUCCUUACCGCGAUAUGAAAGCGUCCUUCCCCCGAAAACGAAAUCUUAACGUCGCCUCGGAGACAUUUUGUGAGAAAAAACGGGAAUUGGAUCGGUGGUCGUCGGGCAGAAAAGCUCCGUAUAUCUGAUUUCCCCUUCAGAGUGCGGCGAUUCAGCCCCUGUCGCCGUUCGGGAGCAGUAUUGUUUACCGUGGGCAAGCGGAGACCAGGUCGCGACUUUCGAAGUGAUUUGCAAAAAUACAGCAUUUUUAUGCAAUUGUGCAUUUUUGUGGAGCUUCGCGCGAUUUUUGCAUGAAGAAAUUUGACGUCACGCAAAAUGGGUACUUUGAACAUCUAGAAAUUACGACUUUCCCCUCGGAAUGCAGCAAUCCACCUGAUUUUAUUGGAUUGUCAUUGUGAAGUUCGAUUUUUACAUGGGGAAUAUUUUAUUCUGGGUUAUUUAACGAUAAUAAUGUGGGUGUUGGGUGUUGGAUUAUCAUGGGGUGAAUGGCGGUGGCGAAGCGGGGCGCUAUUGCAUCUCUUUUGAAAGACACGGACUCUCGCAGCAAGAAGUAGCUAACGCUAACAGUUAACUUAGCUGGUAGCAGGCAAUUAGCUAGCUAUUAGCCAGUUAGUUAACGUUAGCAGGCUGCCAGCUUGCUAAUGUGCUAACAGGGAAGGUUCAGGUUUAUUGAACAUCUCCUUGUCAUAAGGUAAUCAUAAUUAUCAGCUUAAGCAACCAGCCGAACAAGAGAACAACUAUGGCUGAAAACCUGCUGGACGUCGGACCUCCCAACUCUAAGCGGCCGAAGCUGAAUUCACCUGCCCUGUCAGCGUCUGAUGGACAAGAUCUGGGGUCACUAUCCUGGGAUGAUUUGGAGAAUGACCUUCCAGAUGAAUUGAUCCCUAAUGGUGGAGAUCUCAGUCCUAUGGGUGGGAUGCCUUCAAAUGGUGGAGCAGCACCUGGAGCUGGCGGGCCAGGUGGCACCCCUGUCGUCCCAGAUGCAGCCGCCAAGCACAAGCAGCUCUCAGAGCUCCUUCGAGCCGGUAGCACCUCCAGUAUCGCAGGCGCAGGGCUGAACUCCGCUAGCCCCCAGCCAGGUGGUAUGGGGCCUCAGCUGGGCACACCGUUGGGUAAGAGCCCCCUUAGCCAGGGUUCCCCCAACAACCACCCAUCCCCCCAGGCCCAGAAAGCAGGAACACCAACUGGAAUAGCAGGACAGAACAACAACAACAAUACUGCAACAAUGGGCUUGAACACUCCUGGAUUCAACCAGGCCAUAAUUAACAAUAGCCAGGGCCAUGCUGGGCUACUGACCCAGGGAGGGCAGCCCCAACCUGGGCAGGUCAUGAAUGGUGGUCUUGGACCUGGAGCUGGGAGAGGACGGGGAGCAGGAGUAGCAGGCAUGCAGUACCAAGGACCGGGAAUGCAGGGAGCUGCAGCAGGACCAGGAGGAGCAAGUAGUGCUUUGGCAGAGACUCUCACCCAGGGAGGGCAGCAGAUAGGAGCCCUUGCCACCCUCAGUGCAGCCCAGCAAGCAGGCAACAUGAACAAGAUGGGCCUGGGUAGCAAUGGGGGUCCAUUUGGGGCUCAGCCCUACGGUCAGGGUGCUGCAGGGCCGGGCCAGCAGCUAAAUCCUCAGCAGCAGCUCCAGAACAAGGCUGCUCUUGCCAACAGUCUGCCACCGUUCCCUAGUGAGCUCAAAGGGGCCGCCGUCACUAGCGUGCCAAACAUGCAGCUCCAGCAGCAGCCUCAGCAGCAGGCGGCGAUGCUCCCCCUGGCCGGCAGCGGAGGCGUGGCAGUGCCUUCGGCAGGCCCUACAGCUGACCCAGAGAAGCGCAAGCUGAUCCAGCAGCAGCUGGUCCUGCUGCUUCACGCACACAAGUGCCAGCGACGGGAGCAGGCCAAUGGGGAGGUGAGGGCCUGUGCCCUGCCUCACUGCCGCACCAUGAAGAACGUCCUCAACCACAUGACCCACUGCCAGGCCGGCAAGUCCUGCCAGGUGGCUCACUGUGCGUCGUCCAGACAGAUCAUCUCCCACUGGAAAAAUUGCACACGACAUGAUUGUCCCGUCUGCCUGCCGCUGAAGAAUGCCAGCGACAAGCGCACCCAACAGCCCAUGCUGAGCUCUCCUAAUACAGGCCUCCAGAACCCCAUGUCUUCUGUUGGUGUGGGCCAGCCCAGUGCUCCCACCAUCAAUACCUCAGCCCCCAUAGACCCCAGCUCCAUGCAGAGAGCCUACGCGGCACUUGGGCUGCCUUACAGCAGCCAGGCCACUGGGCAGGCUCAGGCCCAGCAGGCCCCAGGCCCAGGACAGACAGCAGGAGCACAGAAUGCACAGGCCCAGCAACAACAACAGCUUUCGCAGCAGAUGAGACCCAUCAACGCACUUGGUAACCAGAUGGCUCUUGGAGGUGCGGCAUUGGGUGUGACCACUUCAGAACAGACAAACCUGCACACAGACUCCCUUCCCAACACACUCAACACUAACAAUCAGCUGCUGUCAGAUGGAUCAGCUGUGGGGUCGAUGGGCAACCUACCUACAGCAGCACCCGUCUCUGCCACAGGCACCAGGAAAGCCUGGCAUGAGCAUGUCACUCAGGACCUGCGCAAUCACCUCGUACACAAACUAGUACAAGCCAUAUUCCCUACCCCUGACCCGGCAGCUUUAAAGGACAGACGAAUGGAGAACCUGGUGGCCUACGCCAGAAAGGUGGAGGGAGACAUGUACGAGUCAGCUAACAGCCGGGAUGAGUACUAUCACUUCCUGGCGGAGAAAAUCUAUAAAAUCCAAAAGGAAUUGGAGGAAAAGAGACGCUCAAGGCUACAGAAGCAGAUCAUCAACCAGGCACCAAUGGCCGCCCAGGGGACCCAGCAGCCUGGCCUCGCCCAGCCCAAUGCUUUGGGCCCAAGGCCACAGAAUGGACCUGUACCUCUGCCCAACAUGCCAAAUCAGAUCAUGAAUCGCAUGCAGGUUUCACAAGGAAUCAACCAGUUCAACCACAUGGCCCUGCCCAAUGCCCAGAUAUCCCAGGCACCUAUGGGAGCCCGAGCUGCCUCACCUAUGAACCACCCACAGCAAAUGAACAUGAGCUCCGUCCCAUCGCUGGGCAUGUCUCCCUCCAGGAUGCCCCAGGCCCAGGGCAUGAUGACCGGACACGGUGGUGGCAACAUGGUGGGCCAGACGGCCAACCAGGGACAGUUUCUGGCUCAGACCCAGUUCCCUGCAGGAACUGCUGCAGUCGCUGCAACAGGCGCCAUGAAUGUCACUGUGGGCCCUGGCAUGGGUCAGCCACAGGCACAGGCUGCUGUUACUCAGCAGCAGCAGCAGAGCGCUAACAUCCCCAUGAAUGCACUUGGCCCCUCGCUGGGCCCUCAGCUAGCCUCCUCCCAAACCCCCUUGCACUCCACGCCUCCGCCUGCUGCCUCCUCUGCCUCCACGGCUGGGGGGGCCACUAACCUGCCGCACCCCCAGCCCUCCAGCCGCAGCUCCACCCCCACCCUCCCUGGCCCUGCCCAAGCCCAGGGUGCCACCCCGCCCUGUCCCACCCAGCCCCAACCCCAGGCGGAGCUCCCCGCAGCAGCACAGACGCAGCCCCCACCUCAGCCCCCUACCACGCCGCUAUCUCAGCCAGGAGCCAGUCUGGAUAACCGGGUGCCCACGCCAGCCUCAGCCGCCAGUGCCGACCUGCAUUCGCAGCAUGUUGGAGCAGACCUGCCUGUCCAGGAGGUCAAAGCGGAGACGCACCACGACCAACAGGAGUUUGAGGCCGCUGGCGGCAAAACUGAGCCCAAGAUGGAGACUGAGGACGACUCUACUUCAACGUUGGUGAAGAAGGAGGAGCCAGAGGAGAAGCCGGAGCCAAUGGAGGUGGAGGAGAAAAAGCCGGAAAUGAAGACAGAACCCAAAGAAGAGGAAGAGGGUGGAGCCAACAGCACAACCUCCUCAUCCCCCUCUCAGUCACGGAGGAAAAUCUUUAAGCCCGAGGAGUUGCGCCAGGCUCUGAUGCCAACUUUGGAGUCUCUCUACAGGCAGGACCCUGAGUCACUGCCCUUCAGACAGCCAGUAGACCCCAUGCUUCUUGGUAUCCCGGACUACUUUGACAUCGUUAAGAAUCCAAUAGAUCUGUCCACAAUAAAGCGCAAGCUCGACACGGGUCAAUACCAAGAACCCUGGCAGUACGUUGACGAUGUCUGGCUGAUGUUCAACAACGCCUGGCUCUACAACCGCAAGACGUCCCGUGUCUACAAGUACUGCUCCAAGCUGGCUGAGGUGUUUGAGUCAGAGAUCGACCCUGUCAUGCAGGGCCUGGGCUAUUGCUGUGGGAGGAAGUACGAGUUUUCUCCUCAAACCCUCUGUUGCUAUGGCAAGCAGCUCUGCACCAUACCUACUGGAGGCACAUACUACAGUUACCAGAACAGGUAUCAUUUCUGUGAGAAGUGCUUCAAUGAGAUCCAAGGGGAGAGUGUGACGCUAGGAGAUGAUCCUGCACAGCCACAGACGAUGAUAUCAAAAGACCAGUUCGAACGGAAGAAGAAUGAUGUACUCGACCCUGAACCGUUUGUUGAAUGUAAAGAUUGUGGACGGAAAAUGCACCAGAUAUGCGUCUUACACUACGAGGUCAUUUGGCCAUCUGGAUUCAUUUGUGACAACUGUUUGAAGAAGAGUGGAAAAACACGGAAGGAAAACAAGUUCUCAGCAAAAAGGCUGCAGUCGACACGAUUGGGAAUGUACAUAGAGGACCGUGUGAAUAAAUACUUGAAGAGACAGAACCACCCAGAGGCUGGAGAGGUGUUUGUGCGAGUGGUGGCGAGCUCUGACAAAACAGUGGAGGUUAAACCAGGCAUGAAAGCCAGGUUUGUUGACACGGGUGAAAUGCCCGAAGCCUUUCCCUACAGAACCAAAGCACUUUUCGCCUUUGAGGAGAUUGACGGUGUCGACGUUUGCUUCUUUGGCAUGCACGUGCAGGAGUAUGGCUCCGAGUGCCCAUUCCCCAACACUAGACGGGUCUACAUAUCAUACCUUGACAGUAUUCACUUCUUCAGACCUCGGAUUCUACGAACAGCAGUUUACCAUGAGAUCCUCAUCGGCUAUCUAGAAUAUGUCAAGAAACUCGGGUACGCUCAGGGCCACAUCUGGGCAUGUCCUCCCAGUGAAGGAGACGACUACAUCUUCCACUGCCAUCCUCCCGAUCAGAAGAUCCCCAAGCCAAAGAGGCUGCAGGAGUGGUAUAGGAAGAUGCUGGACAAGGCCUUUGCCGAGAGGAUCCUGCAUGACUACAAGGACAUCUUCAAACAGGCGACUGAGGACCGACUGACCAGCGCCAAUGAGCUGCCGUACUUUGAAGGUGACUUCUGGCCCAACGUGCUGGAGGAGAGCAUCAAGGAGCUGGAACAGGAGGAGGAAGAGAGGAAGAAAGAGGAGAACACAGCCGCCUCUGAAACUCCUGAGGGUACACCAAGUGACAGCAAAAAUGCUAAGAAGAAGAACAAUAAGAAGACCAAUAAAAACAAGAGCAGUGUGAGUAGAGCCAAUAAAAAGAAGCCUGGGAUGCCGAAUGUAGCCAAUGAUUUGUCCCAGAAGCUAUAUGCCACCAUGGAGAAGCACAAAGAGGUGUUCUUUGUGAUCCACCUCCACUCUGGUCCCAUGGUCAACACCCUGCCACCCAUCAUUGACCCCGACCCCUUGCUCUCCUGUGACCUGAUGGAUGGCCGCGAUGCCUUCCUGACUCUAGCCAGGGACAAACACUGGGAGUUCAGCUCCCUCAGGAGGUGCAAGUGGAGCACCAUGUGCAUGCUGGUUGAGUUGCACAACCAAGGACAGGACCGCUUUGUGUACACUUGUAAUGAGUGCAAGCACCAUGUGGAGACACGCUGGCACUGCACUGUGUGCGAGGACUUUGAUCUUUGCAUCAAUUGUUAUAACACGAAGGGCCACGAGCACCAGAUGGUGAAGUGGGGCCUCGGGCUGGACGACGACAACAACAGUCAGAGUGGAGAGGCCUCCAAGAGCCCACAGGAGAGCAGGCGUCUAAGUAUCCAACGCUGCAUCCAGUCCCUGGUCCACGCCUGUCAGUGUCGCAAUGCCAACUGCUCUCUGCCGUCCUGCCAGAAGAUGAAGCGAGUGGUUCAGCACACCAAGGGCUGCAAGCGCAAAACCAACGGUGGCUGUCCUGUAUGCAAGCAGCUUAUUGCUUUAUGUUGUUACCACGCAAAGCACUGUCAGGAGAACAAGUGUCCUGUCCCGUUCUGCCUGAACAUCAAGCACAAGCUUCGCCAGCAGCAGCUGCAGCACAGGCUCCAGCAGGCCCAGCUGAUGAGGAGAAGAAUGGCCACCAUGCAAGGAAGAACCAUGCCGCUGCCGUCCCCACCGGCCUCAGCUGCCCCCAGUACUCCCACUUCCCAUGCCCAGCCCAACACUCCCCAGACACCCCAGCAGCCACUCUCCAACCAGCCGCAGACCCCCAACUCAGCCGGCGUCAUGUCUCCUUCUUUCCCCAACGCACCUCGCAAUGGCCAGCCUCAAACACCGGUGUCCCAGGGCAAGCCGGGGCCCCAGGCCUCCCCUUUACACCAGCAGCAGUCCCCUCUGCCCCAGCCGCCUCAGCCACCUCAGCCGCUACAGCAGCCUCCCCUAGCUGCAGUCAAGAUGGCACGGCACAUCGAGAUGAUGGCACAGGCCCAACAGAACCAGCAGAACUACCGGGUCAACAUGAAUGGCUUGCCCAUGAAUCCCCAGCAGCCACAGCAGCGCAUGCCCGGACCGAUGCAGCCACCCAUGCAGAUGGUGCCAGGGCCCAGGGGACCACAGGUCAUGCAACCGGGCAUGGCCCCAGGACAGUGGCCUGGAGCUGCAGGGCCCCUGCAGGCAGCUCAGACUCAACAACCAGGCCUUGUCCCAGGCCAGACCCCACAGCAGGCCAUGACCAUGCAGAGAGCCAUGAUGCCUCCAGGGCAGCAACCUCAGCAAGGGCAGAGGAUGCUCAUACCACAGCAGCCCGGUGCCCGGCCACAAACACCCCAGAGACCUGGUGCUAUAGCCCCCAAUGCCCUACAGGACCUCCUUCGCACCCUCAAGUCUCCCAGCUCACCCCAGCAGCAGCAACAAGUCCUCAACAUUCUCAAAUCAAACCCUCAGCUAAUGGCUGCUUUCAUCAAACAGCGAACAGCAAAGUACCAUGCCAACCAGCCACCACAACAGCAGCAGCAGCAAGCAGGUCAGCAACAACAGCCCAGCAUGCAAACAAUGCAGACCAUGGCCAUGCCAGGAGGGGCAGUCCAGAGGCCGGGGAUGCCCCCACAGCAGCCCCAGCAGCCUCCUGCGCAGGGAAUGGCAGCACUAGGGGCUCAAGGGCAGCUGCUGAAUGCAGCACACAACACCAACCCCCAGAUCCAGGAGCUCUAUCGUCGGCAGCUCCUAAGACAACAGCAGCAGCAGCAGCAGCAACAACAGCAACAGCAGCAACAGCAGGGAGUGAUGGCUCAGGGCCACCCCGGCCAGUUCCCUGCACAGACGCCAGGUACAGCAGCUACGUACUCCCAGCUCCGUAUGCAGCAACAGCAGCAGCAGAUAGCCAUGCAGGCAGGCGCAGGAGCAGCUGGGGGUCCCAUGGGCCAGCUUCCACCCAUGGCUCAGAUGGCCCAGCCCGGCAUGGGGAUGGACUCCACCCAGAACUUGCUGCAUCAGCGAAUGCUCCAGCAGCAACAGCAGCAGCAGCAGCAGCUUCCCCAGCAGCAGCAGGCCGUCCUCAAGCAGCAGAUGGGCUCCCCUGCCCAGCCCAGUCCAAUGAGCCCCCAGACCCAUUUGCUGGCUGGCCAACCCCAGGGAGGAGCCCACCUCCCCGGCCAGCCCGCGCUCGCCAACGCCCUCAGCAACCAGGUCCGUUCCCCCGCGCCCGUCCAGUCCCCCUGUCCGCCCUCGCAACAGCAGUCCCAGCAGCCCCAGCCACCACAUUCCAGUCCCUCACCACAAGUCCAGAACCAGCCCCAGCCCUCGCCGCAGCACCCGCCUCCACCACACUCGGGUUCUCCACACCCGGGACUCGGGGGCCCACUGCAGUCCAUGGAGCAGGGACACUUGGGGACACCAGAACAGAGUGCCAUGCUACCGCAGCUUAACACACCCAACAGAGGGGGGCUGAACAGUGACUUGGGGAUGGUGGGAGAUGCUACAGGGGACACUCUGGAGAAGUUUGUGGAGGGAUUGUAGCAUUUCUGCUGGGAACUAAAGAACACAAUCUCGCUCCCACGGACCCAAUUUCCCACUCCUCCUCUUGCUCCUAGUUUCCCCUCAGACUCUUUAUGCCGUUAGAGGGCUUUGUUUGUUGUUUCUAAGGUUGAGAACGGUUUUUUGUACUGACAUGUAAAAAGUUUCAACUGUUGUAAAAAGAAAAAAAAAGAAAAUUUGGUUGAGAAAAAACAAAACAAAACAAAAAAAGUCAACACUUCUAGGGAAUAUAAUUGUUUCCUAAACCCAAGUGGAAGGGUGUUUCUUCCUUAAGAUGUUGAGGGAUUUGCAAGUUGCUUCUUAAAUGAAAUUUAAAUCACAAAGAAUAUAUUUUUUGGUUGAGACCAAAUGUGUUCAAUACUCAAUUUAUUUUUAGUUUGCUUUUGGUAUGGUUUCAUGCCUUUCUCAUUUCUUUCUUUUCUUUUUUCUUUUUUUUUUUUUUUUUUUUAAGAAAAUGUACAAUUGCAUUAUAUUAUUCAUAUCUUUUUAUUUUGUACCUUUGGAAAAAAAACUUAAAGCAUUUUUGUGUUGAAACUGUAAAAUAAUUUGUCUGGGAAAUGGGCCAGGUUUUUUGUUCUUCUUCUCAAACUGUCAUUCCUGGCAAUUGUAAUCUAGUGUUGUACCAUUACUCCAAGACGAUGCGUUCGGGGGCAGAGACUGCUCCCUUCCUCUUUGUGUGUAUGAAGAGCACUCAGUUGUAUUAAAAUAGGAAAUGGACUGCGCCAGGUUGUGUAUACACAGGCAUGUAUGCAGGCACACAUGAAGACACUGACACAAACCCUCACAGUCACUAAGAGAAACAUAGCUCCGACUGGUUUCACCAACACAGACAACAAGGACUGCAGCCUACAUCUCAGUGGCCUGGGAUUUGGAAAAAUCUGUCUUGCAGGUGUAGAAAAUUGUUGCUUUGACAUUAAAAAGAAUUUGUCAUACCUUUUUGUCAUACAAAUGUUGUAAAGUGUAAAGAGAGUGUGAGAAAGAGACCAGCCCCCUAAGCUGAGGUGGAAUGAUCACCGGUUGUUUGUAGGCCACAUCUCGGAUGACGCCCCAUCCUCUAAAUUUUACACUAAGUUGUGUGCUAUCUAGGGAUGAGGGACACAUUUGAGAUUCACCCUGAGGAAAACUAAAUGUUCUAUCAACCCUCAUUCCUCUCUCACAAAAACUUGAAUUGGGGGGAUUUACUUUUUCUCCUAUUGUAAAUCAAGUUAUUAAGCAAAAUACUAUAAAUAUAAGGAAGAGAGAAUGAAAUCACUGUAUAAACUGGUAAAAGACUCAUUUCUUACUUAUAUACCAUAUUGUUAAAUAAACUGUGUGCAACAGAAGAACUCCAGUACUCUGUUGACUAAAUAAUGAGGCAUCA